AUGUUUCUCCAGUAUUAUCUUAACGAAGAGGGAGACCGAGUAUAUACGCUGAAGAAGCUUGAUCCUCUGGGACAACAGACCUGUUCAGCCCAUCCUGCUCGGUUCUCCCCAGAUGACAAAUACUCGCGACACCGAAUCACCAUCAAGAAACGUUUCAAGGUGCUUAUGACCCAGCAACCACGUCCUAUCCUCUGA